CCCCCUCAUCAUCACUAGCUCUUUUGUAUUUUUUUUGUUACAAUCAUCACUCGCUCUUUCACAACAACAAACUCAAAACCGUCCCCUGCUUCUCAUUUCAUCAAAAAUCUCUGCUCUCUAUCAUUUAGAUUCAUAAUGGCCAAGAUCAAGAUCGGAAUCAACGGUUUCGGAAGGAUUGGGCGUUUGGUCGCUAGGGUCGCUCUUCAGAGGGACGAUGUAGAGCUCGUCGCUGUUAACGAUCCAUUCAUCACCACCGACUACAUGACGUACAUGUUCAAGUAUGACACUGUCCAUGGACCAUGGAAGCACCAUGAGCUUAAGGUCAAGGACGAAAGGACCCUUCUCUUCGGUGAGAAGGCCGUCACUGUUUUCGGGAUCAGGAACCCAGAAGAGAUCCCAUGGGGUGAGGCUGGUGCCGAUAUUGUUGUUGAGUCUACUGGAGUGUUCACUGACAAGGACAAAGCCGCGACUCACUUGAAGGGUGGUGCCAAAAAGGUUGUCAUUUCUGCCCCAAGUAAGGAUGCCCCCAUGUUUGUUGUGGGUGUCAAUGAGAAGGAAUACAAGUCAGACCUUACCAUUGUGUCUAAUGCCAGCUGCACGACCAACUGUCUUGCUCCCCUUGCCAAGGUUAUCAAUGAUAGAUUCGGAAUUGUUGAGGGUCUUAUGACCACUGUUCACUCCAUCACAGCCACACAGAAAACUGUUGAUGGCCCAUCAAGUAAGGACUGGAGAGGUGGACGUGCUGCUUCAUUCAACAUCAUUCCUAGCAGCACUGGAGCUGCCAAGGCUGUUGGAAAAGUUCUACCAGCUCUCAAUGGCAAAUUGACUGGAAUGGCCUUCCGUGUUCCCACUGUUGAUGUUUCAGUCGUUGACCUCACUGUCAGGCUUGAGAAGAAGGCCACAUAUGACCAGAUUAAGGCUGCUAUCAAGGAGGAGUCCGAGGGAAAGCUCAAGGGUAUCUUGGGUUACACCGAAGACGAUGUUGUGUCAACUGACUUCAUCGGUGACAACAGAUCAAGCAUCUUCGAUGCCAAGGCUGGAAUUGCAUUGAAUGACAACUUUGUCAAACUUGUGUCCUGGUAUGACAACGAGUGGGGUUACAGUUCCCGAGUGAUUGACUUGAUUGUGCACAUUGCAACUGCUUAAGCUUUGAAGCUGGACCCUUGAAGAUAUGGCUUUGCUUUUUAUGCUUUGGUUAGAGUCUAGGAGUUUUAGUUAUGGGUUCUGAAUAAGAGUUAUUGCAUUCUUCCUCUGCGAGUUGAUUUCUCAAGGUUGAUUCUUGGUGUUGAACUUGUAUUUGCAAAUCCAUCUCCCUUUUUACUAGUUCUUGAUAUAAAGAAAAGUUUGGUUUAUGA